AUGUCUGCCAUCCCUCUAUUGAAACUCCCUAUAUUAUGCAUUAAUGAAAUAUUAAUCAAUACCGAUAUCAUUUCUCUUGUAAACUUUUGCUUACAAUCAGAAAAAUGUAGGCGAUUUGUGAAUUUUAUAAGAACCUCACUAACCGGAUUGCAUGUGGAUAUCAAGAAUGAAAUGACUGAAAUUCGAUUUAUUUCUUCAAAUGGACACGAGGGUUCCUGGUUUUAUGUAACCGAUAAUGAGACGGUGCCAUUCGAUGGUAGUAAUCAGAUGGAUAUGUGUUUCGAUGAGUUGGCAAUCGCUUCAUAUCACAAUGAACAGGAUAUUCAAUCAUUCAUUAGCACAGGAAUCAAUUUCUUUUCAAAGGAGUUAUUCAGGAAGCCUAUUCUCAAUGUCUACCUCCAUCCAGAUGACUUUCCAGAAUCCAGACGACCAUUUUAUGAAGGAUUCAAUGAAUGUGAGGAGAUCCAUAUCCAAGGAGAGAAGGCGAUGAGGAACGAGGACUUGAAAGGGAUUCUGGAGAAUCUGGAAUUCAAAAAAGCAUGUGUAUUGGAUAUUCCAGUGAAUCAAGACUUCAAAUGUAACCUUCAGAAAUUUCACCAUAAGAUACUCAGGUGUGAUAGAAGAGAAGGAGGUAGUUGUGAUUGGAUCACUAGAGAUGUACUGCUCAGUCUGAAAUGCGUCACCCGUAUAUAUCUGGUUGACAGUGUUCUGACUGCAGCUGACUGCAAGACAUUUUUCAAUGAUUGGUACCGUUCUGAUGAAACUAACUUCGAGAUGUUGCACAUUCAGAACAGGAUUCCUUUAGCUGGACUGACUUUCGAAGACAUUCCAUCGAUUCCAUGGGAUGAGGAGCUACGGGGACAAUAUUUUCGGGACUCAGAAACCAUUGCUUUCGACUGCUCCGACGGAACUGAUUACUUGAGAAGAGACGGAUCUUUAUGUACUAUUCGAUUCACUAAUCUUCAACUAUUCUUUGGUGUUUGGAAGAAUCGAUUUCCGGAUAUUUCAGAUACUUCGAUUAUUGUGUAA